AUGCAAUCCAGCAUUGUGAUCUUUCAAUCCCUCUCUCUCAAAUACGCAAGGAUUCAAUAUUACAACACAAACCCCACACCAAAGGACCGUGUUCAUGUUCUGGUUUGUGUCAUCUCUUCUUUCUCUCCCAUACUCGACGUUUUGAGUGAUACACUAUUCAUAAAGAUGAGAGAAGUCAGACUUGCUGCCAGAGACAUGGGGAUUCCUCUAAUGGCUAUUCUCACCAAAAUUGAUGAAACCUGUCCAGAGGUCGAAAAAGAUAUAAAGAACGUGUAUAAGAGCAAGCACCUGAAGAGACAGAUGGAGGAAUUGAGUUUGGCCCUGGGUAUUCCACUUUACCGCAUAUUUCCUGUUAAGAACUACCACUCAGAGAUCGACACAAACGCAGACACUGACGCACUGAUACUGAGCGCACUGAGACGGAUAAUUAACUUUGGAGAAGACUUCCUCAAUGACCUGUAAGACCUCCAUACUGCCAAAGUCAGUCUCCAACACAAAAUAGACUUUGUGAUUUUCUUUUAUGCAUUUGUAUUUUUGUAUUAUUAAGCUUAUGCUGUUAGUUGUUGGUUUUUUUGAGUUGGUAGUUUCUGGCAUUGUAUCUCUCAUUGAUCAUGAAACUGGUGAUCAGCAGGUCAAAUGGCUUGUCUAUGCUAAAAUUUGGUUGAAUUUCCUCCAAAAGUGUCACUUCUUAGACAACUGAUAACGUUCGCUGUACAUAUUGUUCUAACAGUAUUUUCUGUUUCGGUGUUUGAACCUGUAAUACAUUGAGACAUUGUGUUUUAGUACAGCUGUUCAGCUGAAACCACAAUAAAUGAACGUAGCAAAGUG